AUGUCGGGGGUGUCAUCGGGGAGACAUGCCGAGGGUGUCAUCGGGGGCUGAGAUAACCUGUUAGCUGUAAUCCCUGGUGGAUCCUCCACACCUCUUAUCCCCAAAAGAGAAUUGAUUGAGAGACAUGCCGGGGGUGUCAUCGGGGGCUGGGAUAACCUGUUAGCUAUAAUCCCCAGUGGCUCCUCCACAUCUCAUGUUCCCAAAAAGUAAAUUGUUUCAAGUGAAGCAUUGGCUCAUUGCCACUGA